ACUUAUUAGCAAUUAUAAAUUAAAAGUCUCUAUAGUAAAUUAAUAUAACUGUUUAAUUAAGUUGCCAAAAAUAAUCAUUAAUAUGAAUGCAUAUGGAAUUUGUAUACUUUUUUAUUUUUCUAUUUAACGCAUGAUGAUUCAGGAUAUAUUUAAAAGAAAAGUUGGUGUGAGUCGAUUUCCGUGCUACUUUAGAUAAUAACCACACUUUUACCUAGUUGAAAUUGUGUCCAAUUAGGUGCACGUUCAGUUUUUAUCAGAACAAAGCCCUUUGAAAUUAAAAUAAAUCUACACAGCUAUUUUAAAACUUAAUUAAAUUUUAUAAUCACUCUCAAAAAUUGUUCAUUAAUAUAAGAGGAUUUUAUCCGCGCUUAAUACAAUAUAUUAAGCAGAAAUCAUUCAUACGUAUAUUUGAAGGUGCAGCGUUGAGAAAUCGGAACCCGAUAAAAGAAGUACAAUACCAAAGUGUAUCUAGCAGCAGAUUCCUUUGGUUUUAAAUAUUAUAUAUAAGCAUAUCCCAGCCACUCGGGGCUACCUGAAACUCCAAUACUUCGAAAAAAUGAGCGGGGGAAUUAACACAUACUCAAUGUGCAACUCAUAAGGCCUUUGCGUAAUCAUGAGAUAAACGAUCACACCUACACUAAAGUUUCGGUUAGAUUUGUCAAUAGGACAUUAAGAAACUCAUAGAAACUUUAACAGAACUCUCUGGUAACGCUGUUGGGUAAUUAACCGGUGCCUUAACCGAUAUGUGGCUUACAGGGACGCUUCUCACGAAUAUUUAUCAACUUUCUACAAAAUUCAUCAGAAAAUCUAAGAAGAGAGGACAUUUUAUUCGCAUGACCAAAGGUGGUACAUAUUGCAAUGAAAUCGCUUAACUUCCCAACUUUUUUCGUUUUUGGCUGUGGCAGAUGUGAAUAAGAAUUACAUAAAUAAAAUUGUGCUAUGUCGUGGUAAACUAUACAAAUUUAUUUUUGUUUCUAUGUUGCCUACACUAAUUAUAUAGCUUAUGACGUCGCAAUGGAGCAAUCUUGUUUUAUCAUUCUUUAUUAAAUUUUUGUUCUAUAACCGAACAUAAUGACCUUGUUAUCCUCGAAUUAAGUUUGGCACUAAACUAAACUUAAAGAUAUAAGAUGUAGUUGAAAUUUAAAUAUAUGACAGCAUAUUUUCGAGAUCCUAUAAUAUAACCAUUAGUAAAGAAAACUACUUUCCUUUUAUUAUCUACAAAUAUAUUUAAACGUCACAUCAUGUUUGUUUUGAUUUUCAAUUGUCGAAAUUUGGCAAAUACUUGUACUUAUUGGUGAAGAUUGUAUGUUAUAGGAUAUUUAUAUGAAAAAUAUUUACAUUAUUAGAAGUUUGAGAAAUGUGUAAUUUUAGCAGAAACUCCGCUGACCACCUCGAAAACCAAACUAAUGCACAAGGAAGUGAUGACGUUAUUUUUUGCAACAACUCAUGGUUUGUAAGCGAGGUAUUGACGAGGAAAAGGGAAUGACAAGAUUAUGCUUCCCUACAAAUCAACUAUCGGUGAAAUCAAAUAUUGACACAGAGCUAAAUUUUCUAUAAGUUCUUUAAGCCGAAUUUACAAAACUACCCAAAACUCUUGGAGUAUACAACAUGAUUGCUUAUCCUUUCCUUUCGCUUUGCAUAACAAUUCAUACUUAAACAACAGAGCGAAAAAAGCAAAGGUUAUAUUUAAACGAACGCUCAUCAUCUCAUAGCAUACAUCGAACUUUUCUGUCAAAACAAAUGUCUGUAGCAAAAGUUCUAGGAAAAUGAAUUGAACUGUACGCAAAGUUUGAAAAGUCAAAAAAUUACCAGAGUGUGAACGGAUUGCGCAACACCAAAAAUAUAUUUCCCAAUAAUAAGCAACAAAGAUUUUUGUGUAUCCGCGGUCCAAAACAGUCAAAUGAGAAAACAUUUAUAUGAGUGUUCAUAUUUUCGUUACCAAAAAUAUGGCAAUAUUAUUUUUACUUUUGGAUAUACUGUUGAAUACACCCUGUUUGUGCUAAAGAAUUCUUUUUAAAGCAGGUCCCUUGCAAUUAAGUGUGAGAAAUAAUUCCUUAUGCGCAGUAUCAAAUUUGUCUAAUAUCAUUUAUUGUUUUAGAGCUUUAAUAAUCAAGUUUUUUACUCUACCGAAAUGGAUGUUCCAGCAGAUAAGAAUUGUGAAGUAGAUUCUUGCAAUGAUUCUGAUGAUGGAAGGAAAGACUCUGAGAACGCGAAAAUGAUACCAUUUGGAUGCAUGGGUGCUUUAUUUCGGCGUCAGUUCUUACAAGAAAUGGUAAAAAAUUUACCGGCACCGAUACAAAAUAGGGUAGUUGCACUUAAAAAUAUACAACUUGAACAUCUUAAACUGGAAGCUGAGUUCUUUGAAGAAGUUUAUAAACUAGAACGAAAAUACCAGGAAAAGUAUCAGCCACUAUUUGACAGAAGGAAAGACAUUGUCACAGGUCAAGUAGAGCCUUCAAAACAAAAUCCCCAAUGGAAAUCUGAUGAUUUGGAGGAUUCUGAAACAUCACCUGAAUUCCAAGAUAUGAUUAAAAAAAUAAGGGAAAUACCCGAGGAUACGAAAGGAAUUCCAAACUUCUGGUAUACAAUAUUUCGUAAUACUGAGUUAUUGGGUGAUAUGGUUCAAGAACAUGAUGAACCUGUUCUAAAGAAACUAACGGAUAUCAAAAUUAAAUAUGAUGAUGAGCACUCUUAUACCUUGGAAUUUUAUUUUGAUAAAAAUGAGUACUUCUCAAAUGAAGUUCUUACUAAACAAUAUUUUUUAAAAGCUAUGGUCGAUGAAGACAAUCCAUUUGGUUUUGAAGGACCAGAAAUUUAUAAGUGCAAGGGUUGUAAUAUCAACUGGGAAAAGAAAAUGAAUCUUACCAUAAAAACAAUCAGAAAAAAACAAAAACAUAAGGAGCGCGGAACAGUCCGUAAUAUAGUUAAGCAAGUACCCAAUGACUCAUUUUUCAAUUUCUUCAACCCACCCGAUGUUCCAGAAGAUAAAGAUGAAAUGGAUGAAGAAACUCAAGGGAUUUUGGCAACAGACUUUGAAAUAGGCCACUUUUUAAGAGCUAGAAUCAUUCCAAAGGCCAUUCUUUAUUACACCGGAGAUAUUAUUGACGACGAAGAUGACGAUGAUGGCGAGUAUGAUGAUGAUGGUGAAGAUGACGAUGAAGAUGAGUCGGAUGACGAAACGGUUGAAAAGGAAAAACGUAUAAAAUCAAUAGAUGAUUGUAAAAACCAAUAGCAUUACGUUGGCAGCUACUAACAUUAAAUUACUCAAAUUCAAAAUUGAUUUUUUGUAAGAAUUUUGUAAAUGAAGCUCUAAGCGCAGUUAUGAUUUAAAAAAUUUAUUUAGGCUACUUAAUUCUCAAUAACGGAUACGAUAAUGAAUUUUAUAGGUGGCCAAAUUAGCGUUGCUUUCUUACGAAAAGUUUACGUAGCAAUAAUGUGUAAGCUACUGCAUUAAUACAUUAAUGAAAUAUUUUCAAAAUUUUUGAGUUAAUAAUAAAAAAAAACCAUCUCGGGGUUAAAACCUUGCUAGAUUUA